ACACCAUCGACUGACGAUGGAGUCGUUCGCCGGCCGAGGCCCAGCCGCCGCCGCGUGCGGCGACGACGGCGGCGGAGACCGCCGCUUCCCCGAGCCACCGACGCGUCACGCUCGUGCAGAAGACUCGUCGGCGAUGCUGGUGAUCAGGGACGCGCUGCUGUCGCAGCUCCAGAAGGACAGACUUCGCCAGGAGAUCAUCCUGGCCGAGCUCGCCAAGAUUGAGCGCGCCAUGGCCCUGCGCUCCGCCGACGCCGAGCGUGCUAACCCGGUGGCGCCUUUCCCCUUCCUCGAGGAGGAGACGCCGCACAGCAGCGAGGUGGUUGGUCGUGCAGACUAUGGUAUUGUCGCCGCGGGUGUACAACUCGAGUCCCAGAAGCCUGCCACGGAAGAUCUCGUCCGUGAAUGCCUGAAAAGUUCUUGUGGUGCCGGUAACGCUGCAGGUCAGCAAAAUGGAGCACUUGAUGAGACCAAACUACAAGGACCCAAUGAGACUACGUUGCCUAAGAAGACGACGCCUUCUUUAGUGAAAUGGAGCUGCGACAUCUGCCGGGUGGAAGCACCCACCGAGAGCCACUUACAACAGCAUUUUGCAGGGCAGAAGCACCGGUCUAAAGUAGCAGCCUUGGUAUCAAGAAACGACCCCAACAGUCAGAAAGCAAAGGCACCUGCUGCGAAAUCCGAAAAUGUGCGGCAAUAUGACCAAAAACCACGUCUAUCUUGGAUCUGCAGGUUCUGCCAAUCCAACUGCACCUGCAAAUCAAACCUGGACGACCACCUGAGAGGCAAAAGACACAAAGCAAAGAUCCAAUCCUUGCUGGAAGAAUGCAAGAACAUGGCACUGAAUUACGGGUCGCUGAAUUCACAACCAAACAUUGUGACACUAGAUGAAGAGAGCAACCCUGCUUCAACAUGGAAUUGCAGCCUCUGCCAAGCCAAGUGCAGUCGUCAGUCAGAGUUGGCGAACCACCUGAGAGGCAAGAGACACCAGCUUAAUUUUCUGGUUCUACAGGUAGAAGGCAAGCAGUAUCUCUCAGAAUGGGGCUGCGGUAUCUGUCAGGCCAAAUGUAACUCUGUAUCUCAGUUUGAGAAUCACUGUAGCAGCAGGGGACACCAACAGAAGGUAGAAGCUCCACGGAGAGGAGGCCAAAUUUCGAGCUCAACUGGUUCCAAGACAGCUAAGGGUGCAAGCUCUGAGGAGACGGAUAUACAUAGGGUGACAUACUUCUGCAAGCUUUGCGAUUUGCACUGCAACAGCAAGAAUACACUAGCUGAGCAUCGGAAGGGGAAGAAGCACACAGAGAAGGUGGAGCAACGGAUGUCGUUGAGUUUUUGCGAGAUUUGCAAUCUGCAAUGCAACAGCGAAAAGAUGCUCGCUCACCAUCGUACUGGGAAGGGUCAUCUGUCAAAGCUCAAUAACUAAUGAUUGGAGAGGCUGUGGAGCGAGAAAUGCCAGGACCAUCCAUUCAUCUUGAAGAUAUUCAAUUGGAUUUUCAUUUACCAAGUCUUACAACCUAUUAUUUGACAUGAAAAUUUAUUUAACAUAAUUUAUGUUGCUGCUACUUUAUUGCGAUGCUUGCAUCAGUUUGAUCAUGAAUGUCUAG